CAAUGGAAAUUUAAUUCUAAAAAUUUAAUGAAGAUUUAGAAUUCCAAGAUGGCGGGUAAUAUUUCUCCUUUUAAAGAGAAAAGUUUCGCCAAGACUGCUGCAAUUCAACUUGUUGCUGGAGGAUCAGCAGGCUGUAUAGAAGUAUGCUUAAUGCAUCCUCUGGAUUUAGUAAAAACGAGAUUACAGAUUCAAGCAAACACUCAAAUACAAGGAGUCGUUCACUACAAUGGUCUCAGAGACUGUUUUCAGCAAAUGUACAGAUCUGAAGGUGUAUUAUCUUUCUGGAAAGGUAUUGUCCCACCCAUCCUUGUUGAAACUCCGAAGCGAGCCUGGAAAUUUUUCACUUUUGAACAGUUCCAGCAAGUUUUUCUUUUUGGAAGUGAUAAACCCACAGCACUGACAUAUGCAUUAGCAGGACUAGGCUCUGGAGUUACUGAAGCUAUCAUAGUAAAUCCAUUCGAGGUUGUCAAGGUAAAAAUGCAGGCGAACCGAGCUCAUCAGUCUGUCGCUCCUUCGUCAGGGAAUGUUGUAAGAGAGAUUAUCAAAACAGACGGGAUUUUCGGAUCAAGUGGACUUCUAGGAAAGGGAAUAACAGCAACUAUGGGACGAAACGGAUUCUUUAAUAUGAUAUAUUUCGGGUUUUAUCACACUUUUAAAGAUAUUGUUCCACACGCAGACAACUCAAAACUAGAGUUUGGUAGAAAAGUGUUAAUCGGGUUUCUUGGAGGAACUCUGGCCUGUUGCUUUAACAUACCAUUUGAUGUUGCUAAAAGCCGAAUCCAGGGACCUCAAGCUGUUGGAGUGGAGAAAUACCAGGGAACAAUCAGAGUCAUUUUAAGAGUAUACAAAGAAGAAGGGUAAUAUUAUUGUAUAUGAAUAAAAAUCAAUAAAGCAAUGCACUGA